AUGAGCGGUGUUAUGCACAUCGUUUGCGUUGGCGCUGGAUACGUUGGCGGCCCAACAAUGGCUGUUAUUGCAGAGAAGUGCCCUCACAUCAAAGUCACCGUCGUCGAUAUUGAUGAACGCAAGAUUAAAGCCUGGGAAAACGGACCAUUGCCAAUCAAAGAGCCACACCUUGAGGAGACUGUUGCCAUAUCUAGAGGUCGUAACCUGUUCUUCUCCACAGAUUUAGAAAGCAAUAUUGCUGACGCAGAUUUGAUUUUCAUUGCUGUCGGCACACCAACAAAGGUUUUAGGUGUUGGUGCUGGUAGAGCUGCUCUUAUUGACUAUGUUGAGUCAGCAGCUCGUAUAAUUGGUAAAUAUGCCAAGCAUUCAACAAUUAUUGUUGAAAAAUCUACAGUUCCUGUUGGUGUUUCCAGAUCCAUCAAGACAGUUUUAAACUCCAACUCAACAAACGGACUUAAAUUCCAGAUUCUUUCAAAUCCAGAGUUUUUGGCCGAAGGAACAGCGAUUUCCGACUUACAUAACCCAGAUCGUAUCCUCAUUGGUCACGAGCUUACACCAGAUGGCGAAGCAGCUGCAAGACUCCUUACAGAUGUCUAUGCAAACUGGGUUCCACGAGAGAAAAUUUUAACAGUUAAUGUUUGGUCAUCAGAACUCUCCAAGCUUACAGCCAAUGCAUUCCUUGCACAGAGAAUUUCCUCCAUCAAUACAAUUUCCGCAAUUUGCGAACUUACAGGCGCAAAUGUCAAUGAAGUCGCCCACGCCAUUGGCCUUGAUUCCCGCUUAGGCCCUAAGUUCUUAAAGGCAUCUGUCGGCUUCGGUGGCUCCUGCUUCCAGAAAGAUAUCCUUAACUUGACAUAUAUCGCCGAAUCCCUUGGUCUCAAGGAAGUUGCCGAUUACUGGCACUCGGUUGUCGAUAUCAACAACUGGCAGCGCCGCCGCUUCGUCAACGACGUCAUCCAUACAAUGUUUGACACACUUCAGAAUAAGAAGAUCGCUGUUUUCGGAUUUGCCUUCAAGGCUGAUACAGGUGAUACUCGUGAGUCAUCUGCUAUCUCUGUUAUCGAUAUGCUUCUCGCAGAAAACGCUCAAGUCGCAAUUUACGAUCCACAAGUUCUCCACGAACAAAUGAUCUUCGAUAUCAAAGAAGUCAACCCAGCAAAUACUCAGGAAAAGAUUGACAAGCACGUUAAAAUCUACGACGAUCCUUACGAAUGCGCAGACGGAUCUCACGCAAUCCUCAUCAUGACAGAGUGGAAAGAAUUCGUAACUUACGAUUACAAGCGUAUCUACAACACAAUGUGGAAGCCAGCUUUCAUUUUCGACGGAAGAAACAUCCUUAACCGCGAUGAGCUUCGCGUCAUCGGAUACUGCACUCAUGGUAUCGGUGUUGUUCCAGACAGCCUCGCUCAAUAA